UGUGAAUUCAUAUGAGCCUCUCACUCAGCUCGGACAAGUAGCCACAUCUGAGUGCCGCUAUAGGUAAUCGAGAACGGAUCGCGAGUCCGAGAGGCGAGGAACGAUCCGAGUCUUUCUUUCAGUUCCUUAAAAGCUGUGGAACCUUCGUUCAUCAAGCUCUCAUUCAUCUCCUCUCAUCUCAUCCCUCAUUGCUCCUGGGCAGUACCUAGCAAAAAAGCAGAAACCAAAAGUCAUAGUGAGACAACAACGCCCCCAAUAACCUGAAAACAAAAUGCCUGUCAAAGUCAUCAACACCGAGCUGGGCCACUCCCUGCCCCCGGAAGCGCCGCACAACAUCACCUUCCAUGUGCCCGGCUGGGAAAAUGCCACGGCGCAGCGCCGCCCGGGGCCCCGAUUCUUCGAACUCCUGAGCAAGGUGGUCACCAUCUACCCGCGCUUCGGGCCCUGGGCCCAAGUGCGCCAGCUCGCAACCCUCGUCCACAGCGUGCUCUCCCUCCCCGAAACCCACGCGGCCCUCCUCUUCACGCACCCGGACUGCUUCGCCACCGUACAGCAGUAUGCUGCCUCGCCCCGCCGCAAGCCAGAGCACCGCAUCCCGCCAGAGGCGCUCCUCUUCCGGGCGGUCGACAUCCCCCUGACACCACCAGCACCACUAGCAGAUGAAGUCGUCGUCGUGCGGCUGUAUGUGGUCGCCCACCCGCAGGGGCCUGCCGCCCCGGGGGCGCUGGGGGUGUGGCAGAACUAUGGCACGGGGAUCUCGUCGCGGCUGGCGGAGGCGCUGAUCCCGGCUGUGGAAAGGGGGGAGGCGAAAGUGGUGGAUUGGCGGGCCGAUGGGAAUGUUUUGGAGAAGGUUCCGGUUCCGGAAAGUAACGUUGGGCUGCUGCCGCUCCGAGAGGCGCAUCGCGGUUUGAGGGAGAGGAUUGCGGGUUUGGUUGGGGGCGCGGGGAGGAAGAAGGCAGUGGCGGCGGUGGGCGAGGGGGAUGUGUUUCUGUAUCCGACGGGUAUGGCGGCCAUUUAUAGGCUGCAUAAGGCCAUGGUGGAGGUUAGGGGGCCUAGUAGCACCGUUGUGGUGCUGGGCUCGGUGUUUCAUAGUACUUGGCAUUUGUUCGAGGAGAGCGAAGGGGGCAUGAAGCAGUUUGGGCGGUGCGAUGCGGAGAGUGGCGUGAUGGAGGCGCUGGAAAGCUGGUUGGAGGGGGAGAAGGCGGCCGGCAGGAAGGUGGGCUACAUCUUCGCCGAGUUUCCGAGCAACCCUAUCCUGGUGAGCGUGGAUUUGAGGAGGCUGAGGGAGGUGGCCGACAAGUACGAAGUCCCCGUCGUGAUCGAUGACACGAUCGGCUCCUUCUGCAACGUCGACGUCUCCCUCGUAGCAGAUGUGAUCAUGACCUCCAUCACCAAGUCUCUGAGCGGAUACGCCAAUGUAAUGGGCGGCUCCCUCGUCCUCCCACCCUCCUCGCGAUACUACCCGGCCAUCAAAGCCACCCUACAAACCCAGUUCCGCAACGAGUACUUCCACGCCGACGCCGCCAAGCUGCUCUCCAACUCGGCCGACUACCUCGCCCGCUCGGCCAUCCUCAACCGCAACGCCCUCCGCCUCGCCACCUUCCUGCACACCCACUCGGUCGCCUUCUUCCCGGCCACCUCCCCCGUGAAAGCGGUGCUCUACCCGCCCUUCACCGACACCAAGCCCAACUACGACGCCAUGAUGCUGGGCCCCCCCUCGGCCUCACCAGAACCAGGCUUCACACCGGGCUACGGCUGUCUCCUGUCGAUAGAAUUCACGUCGCUCCCGGUCGCGCGCGCCUUCUUCGACGCCCUGUCGGUGCACCACGGUCCGCACCUGGGUGCGCACCACACGCUGGCCUUCCCGUUCAACGACGCCAUCUGGGGCGCGGACCCGGAGACGGCGGCGCAUCAGGAGAGUAUCGGCGCGAGGCGGCAGCAGGUGAGGGUGAGCGUGGGGUUGGAGGACGAGGAGACGCUGGUGGAUACCUUUGCUGCGGCGCUGCGGGUUGCCGAGGCGGCGAGGCGGAAAGAGGAGGAGGAGGAAGGGAAUGUGCCGAAUUAGAUGAAUGAGCAAGCAACCAGAAUGCGGGGGGAAAGAGGAUGAAGAUACUGCGAAAAAUGCAUUGAAUUUGCAUUGUUGUGCCUUUGCUAGCUAAAGGGAGCAUAGCGCUUUCCACUACAAAUCAACCAUGUAUAUGAUGGC